GGGUCAGGCGGAAACGGCGGCGCGACCCGGAAGUUCCGGCGCGGCGGCGGCGCGGCCUCGUCCGGCCCCGGCUCCGGUUCUGACCCUAGUCCCGGCCUCGGCCCCCAUCUCGGCCCCACUAUGGCGGACGUGACCGCCCGGAGCCUGCAGUAUGAGUACAAGGCGAACUCCAACCUGGUGCUCCAAGCCGACCGGUCCCUGAUCGAUCGCACACGCCGGGAUGAGCCUACAGGGGAGGUGCUGUCACUGGUGGGGAAGCUUGAGGGGACCCGCAUGGGAGACAAGGCCCAGAGGACCAAACCCCAGAUGCAGGAGGAGAGAAGAGCCAAGAGGAGGAAGAGGGACGAGGACAGGCACGACAUCAACAAGAUGAAGGGCUACACUCUGCUGUCCGAGGGCAUCGAUGAGAUGGUUGGGAUCAUCUACAAACCUAAGACCAAGGAGACCCGUGAGACCUAUGAGGUCCUGCUGAGCUUCAUCCAGGCAGCCCUGGGGGACCAGCCCCGGGACAUCCUUUGUGGGGCAGCUGAUGAGGUCCUGGCUGUGCUGAAGAAUGAGAAGCUGCGGGACAAGGAGCGUCGGAAGGAGAUCGACCUCCUGCUGGGCCAGACGGACGACACGCGGUACCACGUCCUGGUGAACCUGGGCAAGAAAAUCACCGACUAUGGGGGGGGACAAGGAGAUCCAGAACAUGG